CCGAUUUCCACGCACAAUGACACUGGGAUCACUGGGAAACAGCAGCAGCAUUUCCUCUACCUUCCUGCUGAGCGGUAUCCCCGGGCUGGAGCACAUGCACGUCUGGAUCUCCAUCCCGCUAUGCUUCAUGUACCUGGUUUCCAUCCUGGGCAACUGCACGAUCCUUUUUAUCAUUAAAACAGAGCCCUCACUGCAUGAGCCCAUGUACCUCUUCCUGUCCAUGCUGGCUCUGACUGACCUGGGUCUGUCCCUGUGCACCCUCCCUACAGUGCUGGGCAUCUUUUGGGUUGGGACACGGGAAAUCAGUCAUGAUGCCUGUUUUGCCCAGCUCUUUUUCAUUCACUGUUUGUCCUUCCUAGAGUCUUCCGUGCUGCUAUCUAUGGCCUUUGACCGCUUUGUAGCCAUCUGCCGUCCCUUGCACUACGCUUCAAUCCUCACCAACACGGCCAUUGGCAGGAUUGGCCUCGCCUCUCUGGGCCGUAGCGUAGUGCUUAUUUUUCCAUUGCCUUUUAUGCUCAAAAGAUUCCCCUACUGUGGCUCCCCAGUCCUCUCCCAUUCCUACUGUCUCCACCAAGAAGUGAUGAAAUUGGCCUGUGCAGACAUUGAGGCCAACAGCAUCUAUGGCAUGUUUGUCAUCGUUUCCACGGUGGGUGUAGACUCGGUCCUCAUCCUCUUCUCUUACGCCCUGAUCCUACGCACUGUGCUGUGCAUUGCCUCCAGGACAGAGAGACUCAAAGCUCUUAAUACCUGUGUUUCCCACGUUUGCGCUGUGCUCCUCUUCUACACGCCCAUGAUUGGCUUGUCUGUUAUCCACCGCUUUGGACAGCAGAUGCCCCACCUGGUGCAGGUGCUCAUGGGUUUUGUGUAUCUUCUUUUCCCGCCCCUGAUGAAUCCCAUUGUCUACAGUGUGAAGACAAAACAGAUCCGAGAUCGGGUGACCCAUGCCUUUUGUUACUAGCUGGGUCUAACAUUGGAGGCACUAUCACUUUAAAUGUGCCCACAC